UUAAGUUGAAUUGCCCUAAACUGCGCAACGGCGGGGAUUUCUGAAGAACCAAACCUGCAUGCCCCUAUUUUGGGGGGGGGGAUCGAUUGAAAGGCUCGUUCCACACGACUUUGAUUUCACGAUACGAUAAAUGUCUUGUUAAAUAUUUGCCGUAUCAUAAGCACAGGGGACUCAUCGUGAUCACCUAUGAACGGUUCAACCAACCAAGGAUAACCCCGAGUCGGACUCUACCGUCGCGACUGAAAACCACCAAAGCCCAUGCUGAUUUGAUCCUUAUCGGGACCUGCUUUAUCUCCGGCCGUUAGCAUGCAGACUUGGUAUAUGUAACUACUGUACUCCGUACUCCGUAUAGAAAGAACAGUUCUCAAUAUUCCCAAAUAUUCCAUCAGUCGAAGGGACCAAGAACCCCGGCCGUUGUCACGGAUAUGCAAGCUCCCAAUUGCAGAACCUCUUGCGCUCCCGCUCAACAACCGAGCCAGAGGCACACACCGACAUCCAUCCUACAGCGCCCCUCCUCAGCUCUCACCAGCGGCGCGCUAGUGGAAGGCAGGAAUCGUGCCACCGUGAAACUGCUGUCCUUCCAGUCCGCGGGCCAGAUCAUCGCCAGCCAACAUGCUCGACUUCGCCGGACUACCUACCCAACGGUCCAACUCACGAGUACGUAG